AUGUCAGGAGAAAGCAACUGCAAGGUAAAACACAGAUCCCACCACCCUUCCAAGAACUUGCACCAGCGCGAGGCACAAGAACACUCCAAUUCCUGGUCUCUGGAGAUGCUGCUACGCAGACUGAGGGCCACAGAAGCCAACCAGGAUGACAAGUUUGCCCACGUCCUGGAUGCGGUGGGGGAGUUCGGCACAUUCCAGCGGAGACUGGUGGUCCUCACCUUCAUCCCCAACAUCCUGUGGGCCUUCCUUAUCUCUGCCGACGUCUUCGUGCUCACAGCCCAGAAGCCCUAUUGUAAUACCAGCUGGAUCCUAGCAGUGGGCCCCAACCUCACAGAGGCUGAGCAGAUGAACCUGACCCUGCCCCGAGAACCCAAUGGAAGUUUCCAGACGUGCCUCAUGUACUUGCCCGUAGCCUGGGACCUGGAUUCUAUCAUCCAGUUUGGCCUCAACCACACAGAGUCGUGCCAAGAUGGGUGGAUCUACCCUGACACCAAGAAGCGAUCACUGGUCAAUGAGUUUGACUUGGUGUGUGGCAAGGAGCAGAACUCGGAGAGCAUGCAGACCAUGUUCACCGCGGGCGUCCUGACCGGGUCCCUCAUCUUCGGACUCAUGAGUGACAAGCUGGGCCGCUACCCCACCAUCCUGAUGUCGCUGCUGGGGCUGAUCAUCUUCGGCUUCGGGACAGCCUUCGUCAACACCUUUCACCAGUACCUGUUCUUCCGCUUCGGCGUGUCCCAGGCCUUGGUGGGCUACACCAUCAGCAGCGUGUCUUUAGCCACUGAGUGGCUAGUGGCUGAGCACCGGUCCCAUGCCAUCAUCUUGGAGCACUGCUUUUUCUCUGUGGGAGUCAUGUUCCUGACAGGGCUUGCCAACAGCCUUCCCCACUGGAGGCUGCUGUUUCUGGUGGGUGGCGCACCCGUGUUCCCCCUCAUCUUCUAUAUCUGGUUUACUGUCAGUUACAGCUAUUUUACGCUGUGCUUCAAGUUGAAGGAUUUUGCCAUGAACAUCCACUUCAGACAAGUGAUUCCUGGCAUCAUGGAGGUGCCCGCCCGGCUGUGCUGCAUCUUUCUCCUCGAGCAGAUCGGGAGGAAGUGGAGCCUGGUUGUGAGCCUCUUCCAAGGCACCCUGAUGUGCCUGCUUAUCCUUAUCCUCCCCCCAGAGCUGAAAUCCAUAAUGGUCUUGAUGGUCGCGCUUGGAGAGUUCAGCCUGGCGGCCUCGGUCACCGUGUUCUUCAUCUACACCGCUGAGCUCCUGCCCACGGUCCUCAGGGCGACAGGUCUGGGGCUGGUGUCCCUGGCCUGGGCAGCUGGAGCCAUCUCGUCCCUGAUGAUCAUCAGCCAGAGACUCACCCUCCUCCCCAUCCUCCUCUGCUGCGUCUCAGCCAUCCUGGCCUUGUUCUUCUGCUCCCUGUUGCCAGAAACGCAAGACCAGCCUCUCCCUGAUAUCCUGGAGCACUACCCCCUACAGACAAGGAACAUGGCUGAGGAACUGCUCGCCAAGGAAGUGGCACCCGAAGGUGGGACUGGGGACGUGGUGAGGAACACGGUUCUCGAUUCCACGAUGCUGAAACUGGACUCCGACGUUCUCUCCCACACACCAGUGCCGGGCAGAGCAGGGGACACAGACCCACGGAAUGACUGA